AGUGCAGGGGGAGAAAGCAUAGCAAUGGGAACCAGAGAAUCAUAACCAAUGGGAAGCUUCCUUACAGGCACCUCGAGUCAACAGCAAGGAGGGGUUUUGUACCUCCUGCUCUGAUAGGGUAAGGAAGGAAGGAACAGAGAGUUUCCGGAGAGCUCUGUUUUCUCUGGACUGCACCUUCUGCAGAGAUGAGCGUCCCAAGCUGGGGGGCCCCUAGCAGGCAUAUGCUGUCUGCACCACCCGUUUAUGCCUAGAGAGCAUUGGCUGUUCCCAGCGACUUUUCACCAUAGCAGCCCGCCCUCCUGGGACUUUGCUCCGUGCCUGACAUUUCACUUCCAUUCCAUUUCGCCUAAGGGAUAAUCCUUUAACACCUUGCAGUCCUUGCGUUAAUGUACCUGUGCAGUUUCCUGACUUGAGAACAACACAGCGGCUUAGCUUUCCUGAUUUGGCCAGUCUCCUUUAGAGGCGCAAUGUCAUCCCCCGCCGAUCGAGCUCUUCACAAAUGGAAGAAGCCAGCCUUCAACGAAACACAAGCCGUCAGUUUGGUCGAACGGGAGUAUGGAUUCAGCGUGUCUGAGAUCAGGCCUCUUCCCAGCUACGACGAUCAGAAUUUCUACCUGUGCAUCACUCGCCCGGAAGGGAACGAAGACAGCGCCGAGGAGUACGUCCUUAAAAUCAUGAACUGUGAAGACAGCCAAAACCCCAGCCUUGUCGAGGUGCAGACGCUGAUCAUGAGGUUUCUGAGCAAUGAAGGUUUUCCCGUGGCCACCCCGCAGGUCACCAAAAAGGGUGAAAUAAUGUUUCUCGAAUCGAUAGACAUUGGCGCAGCCACCCAAGGCUACUUGGUGAGGCUCUUGACCUAUCUACCAGGCCAGGUGGUGGCCACCGUCCCCGUGAGUCCUCCCAUUCUGUAUGAGGUUGGACAGCUAGCUGCCAAGCUGGAUAAAACGCUUGCCGAGAAAUUCCGUCAUCCUUUAACAAAACAUCUGCAUCGAGGGCACUUCAUUUGGAACCUGGCUAACGUCCCCCUUCUGGAGCAGUACCUUCCGGCGCUGAGCCAGAGCAGAGACCUCGAAGUCGUGAAGUGGGUGAUCCAACAAUUCCAGCUGAAAGUGGUGCCAAAGCUAAGCAAUUUCCGACCCUGUAUCAACCAUGGAGACCUCAACGACCACAACAUCUUACUGGAUACAGAUUCUGCUUGCCCUGAAAGUCCACGCUACAGAGUGUCGGGUAUUUUGGACUUUAGUGACAUGAGCUACGGCUAUUACGUAUUCGAAGUUGCGAUAACCGUCAUGUACAUGAUGAUCGAGAGCAAGGAUCCACUCAGCGUGGGAGGGCACGUCCUUGCAGGAUUCGAAAGCCUCACCCCCUUGACCCCCGAGGAGCGAGACGCCCUCUUUCUCCUCGUGUGCGGAAGAUUCGCUCAGUCUCUCGUGAUGUCCGCGCACACCAUUCGGCUGCACCCCGAGAACGAAGCAUACUUGACGAUCACAGCCAAAACCGGAUGGAAGCACUUAGCGAAGCUUUUCGAAGCGGGCCAGGAAGCCGUAGAGAAGAUCUGGUUUGAGACAGCCAAAAGAUAUACCUGAAACGACCCGCCUAUAGAUCUUGUGUGAGAUCCUGAUCAGUCUUCUAUAUUAAAUGUUGGGGAAACAACAGUUCCCAAAUGUAAAUAACUGCAGGGGUGUUGAAUAAAUGAUGCUAAUUUGCAAA